GAGCAGACAACAUGGCGCCGUCCAAGAAGCCCAACGUGAAGAAGAGCGACGCCGAAAACGGCCAGACUUCAUAUAAACAAACCCUAAACACCAAAACAGAGCUUAUAUUACAGAGCAGGAAGCAUGCGAACAGUAUAUUCGACCUGCUGGAAUACCUCCAGUCUGAAAACGAGAAAGAAGUCGUUUUUGCGAUCAGCGCCUGCCAGAGGUUAUUCUGCAAGUUAUUACAGAGAGGAGCGCUGUAUGUUGGUCAACUACCAAGAGAAGAAGAGGUUCUCCAAGGUGACCGGGAUGCAGAUGAAAAGUACCACAUAUUUGUAAGACACCGUUAUAAGAGCUGUGUGGAGCUGCUGCUGGAGAACAUGAGCCAUGAAUCUUACCAAGUAAAGGAGAGCGCGCUGUGUGCUAUUAUGAAGUUCGCAGCAGCCGAGGGGAAGCAUCCUCUACAGAAACAGGACUGGACUGAGCAUCACAGAUUCCCCAAAGAGCUUCUAUCAGGGGUGGUGUGGGUUCUGCUCUCGGAGAAAGACGACAUGGCUCUGCUGAUCUCCAGGUUUCAGGAGUUUCUCGAAAUGGAUGAUGUGCGCUACUAUGUUAUGAAUUUGGCGCGCGACAACAUGCACAAAGUGAUGGACAGACACAAACGGGCCAAGGUGUCUGUGUACCAAAACAACGUUUUCACACUGCUCACCAACAUCACUGUGCCAAGCCACGAUUCAGAAAUCACGAACUUCCUGGUCAAGCAGAUGGCUAAAAACAAGGACUGGAAGGCAGCCAAAUUAAAAGAGCACAAGCGAGCGUUUGAGCUGAUGUGGUUGACCUUCCUGAAGUACAAGUUACCCAUGAGCAUGUAUAAAAAGGUGCUGGUCAUCCUGCACGACUCGAUUCUGCCCUACAUGGACGACCCGACGCUGAUGAUCGACUUCCUGACUGCAGCGUACAGCGUUGGUGGUGCCAUCAGUCUCCUGGCUCUGAAUGGCCUUUUCAUCCUCAUCCACAAGCACAAUCUAGAUUAUCCUGAUUUUUAUAAGAAGCUGUACAACCUGCUAGACGUUUCUGUAUUCCAUGUGAAGUACAGAGCGCGGUUCUUCCACCUGGUCAACAUCUUCCUAUCCUCCAGCCAUCUACCGGUUUACCUUGUCGCAGCGUUUAUUAAGCGGCUGUCUCGGCUCGCCCUGACAGCUCCCCCGACUGGCUUGCUCAUAGUACUGCCCUUUAUUUGUAACCUGAUUCGCAGACACCCGGCAUGCAGAGUCCUCAUCCACAGACCCAGUGCUGCUGACGAGACAUGUACUGAUCCAUAUGUGAUGGAGGAAGAGGAUCCUGCUCAGUGUCGUGCCCUAGAGAGCAGUCUGUGGGAAGUUAAGACCCUGCAGAGUCAUUACCAUCCAGACGUUUCUAAAGCGGCCAAAGCAAUAAAUGAAGCUCUACCCGAACCCGAGGAUGAUAUCAGCAAGCUGCUCGAACUGUCCACUUUUGAACUGAUGGAGCAAGACCUGAAGAGCCAAAGCCGGUCAGUGCCACUCGAGUUCGAUUCGGCUGCUGGUCUGCUUCAGAGUCCCAGAGAAGUGUUGGGCCUCCACUUCUCUCUAGAGUAGCCACUACUUCUCUCUGUCUCGUUGUUAUUGUAAUGUUCCACUUUUAUUUACUAACCUUUCAACAUUGAGAAAAAGAAAUACAAUUUUUAAAAAAAAAUCCUAAUUUGUGAAAGUGUGACUGAAUCUAAAAUAGAGGUGAACUGUAGUCCUUAUAAGAAUCUCAGGCAAGUUUAAGCUGUUACGCAAGGCUAGCUCGGCUCGAGUGGAGUGAGAAGCCCAAAUUAUAAUUGCAAUCUGUUUCACUUUUUUUGUACGUGACAACUGACAGUUCGAUUCACUUCACUGAGCCUUUUUGAUUACAGAAGUUACAUCAUUGCCAAAGCAUUGAAUUGACACACACAUCUUCAUACAAUACAAACAUAGUUAAAUGAGGGAAACAAAUAUUUCUGUAACAUUUUAAUAUUAUGCAGGUUGAAGCCUAAAUUAUCAUGAAAUGAGUCUGUACAAUGACGCACUGUCUCAUAUACACACACUGGCAGAUCUGCCAAGUUGUUUGUUUGUAAUAUAGUGCCUGUUUGAACUAUUUAUAUUUUCCGUAUGUCACCCGAAACAUAUUUUCAUAAUUAACUUGACUGCAUAGGCUUGUGCAAAAACUGUCAUGACUAUGGGAUGUGAGCAAGUCUGAGAUCCUAAUGAUAGCCUUAUUGCAUCAUAAAAUGUGAGCGCUUGUCAUGAUCCAUUAUCCAAAUACAAAUCAUGCUGUUAGACUGGUUUACCAGGCGAAAGGGGAUUGUGUAGUGUAAAUAUGGAGCUGUGGACCUGUAACUUUUUCCUGUUAACUAAUUAUUUUUAUUUAAUUCAUUUUAAUAGAAAACACAAAUGAACUUUCUUUCUGCUUUGGUCACGUGAUACUAUAACAAUGAGCAUUCUUAAUGGGAUUCAUUAAUGCUCUGACCAAUGCUAGUCAUUCAUUCACUCAUUCAUAGUGCUUCGGAGGUGACGUGGAGAAUAUUUUUAAUAGCAAAGUGACGCUCCAUACUUAAGAGAAUACUUGUUUUUUGAUGCCUUUUGUGACUACGAUGUUUGUGUACCACCACAGGGUACCCAAUCAUAAGUUCAAGGUAGCGUAUCUCAUCGGUUGUUGCUAAAACCUGUGACACGGAACAGGACGUGACAUGUUAUCGCUUGGCCAGUGACCUCCCCGCGAGACGGGACAGGAUCGACUCAUGACAUACGGGACGGGAGAUUAUGUCCCAUCCCGUCUCAUGUAAUCGUCAUCGCGCAAGAUGGCAGCAAUUAUUCCAUAGAGUAUGUUAUCCAAACUAUACCAUGACACCUGAUAGGACAGCUAAGGUAAGGUCCCCUGGGACGGGACAGGACAGGUAAUGUAAGGCCAAAAAAAAAAAAGUGUGUUUCCGUACCGCCAGACCCUAAACUUUUUUUUCGUUUUUUUCCCAGUCGCGACUUUUACAUAUAACCCAACCGCGUGAACCGGAAGUUUUUGUCACUCACUGGGAAAAUCAGGGCUUUCCACAAGCGCCGGCUGCCGGCCAUACAGCCAACUACACAAUUAAGUCCAGCCGGCUACUUUAAUGACUAUUAUUUUUGUAGCCCACAGGCUCUAAAUAUUAAUUUUCGAUUUUAACAAAAUUAAAUGUUUAUCUAACGGACUGACAAUAAUGUCAAACUGAACCGCACUCAUUUAAGUUGUGAUUCGCGCUGUUUGUACCGAUAAUAACCACAAAUUCCCCGCAGACUUCGUUGAUGAAGGGAGAGUAACUGUAAAACAUGCGAGUGCAGUUUUCGCACAGCAUUGGCUCGGCGGCGCUAAUAGUUCACCACGUGUUUUCUUGACCUUCGGAGCAGCAUUUUGUGGUCUGCUGCUCAACAAAUCUGGGAAGUUCGCCAGUAAUCGACAGUCGAGAUUGUCUCCUGAUGGAUUCACAACGAUGGGUUCUGUAUCAUCUGUAGUCCCUGGAAAAUGGGCCCUUUUGGGUUGUGCACACAUGAUUUCAUGUUGGUCCAAUUUCACUUUGGUUUGUAUUUCCUGCAAACAGAGGCUUGGGAGUUUAAUGCAGCAGGUAGAACUCAAAAUCCAUAAUCUGAGUAUCUGGUCUGAAAAUCUGCUGGACUGACACCAGAUUUGGUAUUUUAAAGGGA